AUGGAGAAGUACCAAGAAGAGACCAAAAGGAAAGACCAGAAGUUCUUGGAGAUCAAGGCCACUCGCGACGCCAUGCACGCACGCAUGCAAAGAUCAACGACCAAAAUAGAGGCCGACAUCGAGAAUGCGAAAAUGUUGCUAGAGUUCAUUGAAGUCGACGAGAUGAAGCUGCAGUUUAAGAGGACCACGAGAGCGAAAGUUCCAGAGCCCCCAGUGAAGAAAGGCGUCAGUAUCAAAGACAUCUUCGCAGUUCGCUCGCAAGCACCCACAAGUUCCAACGAUGAUGAGUCGCGCCGUGCGAUGAGUUGGCCAGGAGAUACCGCGCCGCCUUACUUAUCGUCUCUACAAGUUCCCAUCGCUGAAGUGGAGGCUCUCUGGGCCAAGUUCGAUGCGCAGGAAGAGGCUCACAUCGCAGAGCUAGUCCAAAUUAAGCAUCAAACUGUGGUUGACACAGUUCAGCGAUCCAUUGGCGUUCCGUUCUCGGACUCUGAGUUGGAGAAGUUAGUCGACGGAUUAUGGCCACCUCUGGCAGAGCAAAAGUUGCUCGCUCUCUUCAUUUAUGUUUUGCUAUCCAGGUCAUCCAAAUUUCAUCAGCAUACUGCUGUUGAGCGCUGCCUUGUGCGAGAGCUUUUUGUCUGGUGGUGUCGAGUCCUAGCUAUAGUCAGAGUAGUUUUAGUUUCAAAAAAAGUUAUUUCAUCCUUCUUGACUUACACCAUCACACUUAUGAGAGCUUCUCUUCUUUUUUUUUUUCUUUUUUUUUUUUCGUGA